AUCCGUUUGAACAUCAACAUCAAAAGCAUAAUUACGAAAGGUAUUUUCAAUCAAUCAAUCGAAAAUGCAAGCGUCAUUGAGAUUUUGUAUUGGAGUUAUCCUGCUUGCUCUGUGUCUACCUCAGCCUUUGCAGGCGCUGAAUAAUUAUGAGGACAUGUGUCGGCUGUUUAAGAAUGGCAUCCAAAUCCGGAAGCCUGCCACCUGCAAUGAGUACAUUGAAUGCAUAAAUGGCGAGGGCACCAUGCGCACAUGCGCUGAUUCCCUGGUGUUUGAGGCCAGCUCACAGGAGUGCGUGAAAGCUACGGCUAGUAACAGCGUGCACUGUGGCAACCUGUGCGAGGGCUUGGAUGGCAAAUGGGUGGCUGAUCCAACAAACUGCCAGAAUUAUCUCUACUGCAGAAAUGGCGAGGCCCUGGCUGGCCACUGCGAGGGCAACCAACACUUUAAUGAAGCCCUGCAGUCGUGCGAGCAUGAAGAUGACUCGAUUUGCGUUGAUGUUGCCAAUAUAUGCGAGCUGUUGCCGGACAAAACAAAGUUCCGGCAAGAGGAUGAUUGCAACGAAUACUAUGAGUGCAAAAGUGGAACGCACACACUCAAGACCUGCAGCUCCACGCAAUACUUUGACGUGGAGAGCGGUUCCUGUAAGGCUAAGAACCUAGUAGAGUGCAGUUCGCAUUCCAAGAAGGACGUAUGUUUGUUGAAAACUAAACCGUUGAAAGGUUUCCAACCGGACGGUGCCACUUGCCGUGGAUAUUUUUAUUGCGGUGACUAUGGUACUGUUCAUGAUAUUGAUCCUACGUGGGGCCAGUGUCCAGAGGGUCUUUUCUACGACGAUAUUAAUAAAACAUGCGCCAUUCCCACUUCUGUGGUGUGCACACACAACCGUUGUGAAGGCCGUGGGACGAUGUUAGUGGCCAGCAGCAGCAACGAUUGCCACAACUAUAUUCAUUGUGUCGAUGGUGUCGAAGUCGAGGAGAAAACUUGUCACUGGGAUUACUUUUUCAAUGAGAAAGUGCAAGGCUGCACUAAAGAGAUUAUUUACGACGUCUGCUGUGACGGACGUGACUAAAUAAUGUAUGCAUGUGUCAACAUAAAUGGGUAUACACAUAGACAGAAGCUAUGUAUUUUGUAAGAAAUUUAAAAUUUCUUUUGUAAUAUGAAACAUUAUUUUAAUUAAUCCACAAU